UGGCUGAGUGUGUUUGUGUGCGCGCCGGGGCUGUUCACUACUUUCAGUGUAAAAUAAAGCAGAGUCGGGCGGACACACCUCAAGGCUCCAGGACGCGGCCCGGAGACGCACCGAUGCGGCCCGAACCACUUUGUCUUUUGAAAUAUUAAACAACUUCAGUCGGACACGUCCCGUCGGGGACGACUUUGAGGGAGGAGUGUCAUGGCUGAGCCAGACUAUCUGGAGGGAGACUGCGAUGAGCUCAUCAAACCAAAGAAGCUGAUCAACCCGGUGAAGAACUCCCGAAACCACCAGGACCUGCAUCGAGAGCUGCUCAUGAACCAGAAGAGGGGUCUGGCUCCUCAGAACAAACCCGAGCUCCAGAAGGUUUUGGAGAAAAGAAAGAGGGAACAGGUUCUCAAGGCCCAGAAGGAGGAGCAGGAGGCCCACAAGAAGAGGAGCGACCUGGAGAUAGAGCUCAUGAAAAGGCAACAGAAGCUAGAGCAGCUGGAGCUGGAGCAGCAGAAAAUUGAGGAGGAGCAGGAGAACACCCCCGAGUUUGUGAAGAUGAAAAGCAACCUCCGCAGGACCAAGCAGGAGACAGAUGGCGAGGAGCGGACCACUUAAAGACCCACGGGGUCUCUGGGCCUGACUGAGAAAUGUGUUGUCUGUGGUACACGCCGGUGACCUGACCGUAGUCGGAGACGAACUUCCUGGCUUUAUCCAACCUAGCUGUUCCUUCCCGUAGUGAGGAGAGAGACUUUAGGGACUAAAGACCCCCCUCGGCCUGCCCGACUGCCACGGAGUGCCAGUAUUCACCUCUGCUUCUCACACCUGCCCAGCAGCACCCCCACAAGAGGGACCUGAAGCAGACAUGUCACACGGCACACGGCUUUAAAAGAGGGCAGAACGCUUCCAAUGAUCUCUGCUGGAGAAACACACACACACACACACACACACACUUCAUCCCCUCUGUUUUCACUCCUCUCUCCACAGAAAGCUGUACUGUCAUUGGUGUUGUUAUUGUUGUUUCUUUUUUUUUUGUGCUAAUUUUCAGACUCAUAAGGAAAAGUGGACACUGGACGGACUCUUGAAGCUGUGUAAUGUAAAAGCCAAACAAAUGUGCUUUUGUUAUUUAUGUUGGUAGCUUUUAGCCCUGGUGUAGGACACUUUUAGUCAGUCUGUAUUUUAGGUUGUUUUACAGCAUAGUUUAUGAAGCCAGAACAGGACAAAGGGAGUGUAUCAUUGUGUGAACCACUCGACCACUUGCUUUACAUUAUUUUUUUAAUUUUAAACAUGCCAUUUCCUCAGCUAAUGCAGUUUUUAGCAAUAGUAGGACUCCGAGGCAUGAGAGUGACCUGUUCUUUACAUAUUCUGUUGUUUUGUAUGAAUAAAAGUGUUACUAAAUAAAUAAUAUACAUUUGUUCCUUUC